CUCAGAACGCGGAGCAGAGAGCAGGAGACUCUAUGUCUAACAGGUUUUCUUUACAGCUGUGAGUGAUGGUGAUGAGACUGCUAGAGCACCUCUCUCUGGGUAGGAUGUUUUGGCUACAUAAACCCCGCUGCUGGGAUGAUUAUAGAGGCUCUUAUUUUAGUGAAGGUAGGCUUCUAAUUAUGUAAAGGUGGUAAUGAAGUAUAAUGACAGUUAAGUAGAAUGUAUAAAAACGUAGGCCUGUAGAUAAUUAGAAAUAUACAUUUGUUUUAUCUCAAGAUGUGUUUUGGGUCUAUCUAAUGGAAUUAUUACACGAUGAAUUGGAAGUAAAUGCAUAAAUUAAGCAUCAAAUCAAAUAUCAUAUGGCUGAAAUAAUUAUGUUCAGGGUUGCCAUACAUGUGUUUCUCUAUUACCAGCAGACUUUAGACAGACCUAUUGCAUCAAGGUAUUGAUUUUGUAAAAUGAUCAAUCCAAUCAAUAAUAAUAAUAACAGAAUAAUAAAAUAACACACCUUGUCAAUGAACGCUAUAAACUUGUCGUUGAGUCCAACCAUCUGGUCCUUCUCCUGGCUCUUGGCUGACUGGUCCUUCGGGUCCACCUUGGGGUUGUUGGGCUCUAGAAGGUCCUUGUUAGUGGCGACGUUCGGGUAGCUUUUGGGCUUGUUACCCGAGGGAGUGUCGGACUGGCUGCUGUAUCCGCCUGGUUUGGACAUAUUGUCUUUGUGUUCUAGUCAGAAUAGAGAGAAGGAGUCUCAAGUAUCAGACUCAGAGUUUAGGGAAAGGCACCUCUUCUCAGGUUACCACCCGAUUUUAAGGUGGGCAAGGACCAACCCUCACCACUCAGGUGUCCGCCUCUGUCCAAUCAGCUGAGGUGGAACUCUAAAUUUCUUGGUAAAAACAACAAAGUCACAAAGGAAAACUUGAAUGUUUACUCUAAACCUGUUUGCCCGGGGGUGUGCUGGACGUACUACAGCCAAUCGUAUCUUUGGGGCCGGUUUCAGGUGUUGAGCAGUGGUAUAACAACAGUCCCUCGCAUCUCUCAAUCACUCCUUGUACAGGUGACUAUCGGUCCUACACUGCCUCUCUAUUUUCUUUCUCAACUCACCCAUUCAACCAACUACUGCCAUGUCUAGGAACAGUGCCUUCAGCAUGUUCGGUGGGGCCGGGGGAAGAGGCUCCAGGGUGUCUGUGGCCAGUCUGGAGGGGCUACGGAACGCCAUGCGCUCUGACCCGGAGAAUUCGAAGGAGGUCUCUCCUGCCCCUGGGCCCGCCCCGGAUGAUAAGAAGACCAUGAAGGGUCUCAACGAGCGUCUGUCCGGCUACCUGGGCAGGGUGAGGAACCUGGAGGAAGCCAACAAAGAUCUGGAGGACCAGAUUCAGGACAUCUUGGACAAGAGAGGAGACCCCAACGGCCGCGACUGGGAUGUGGUUGAGAAACCAUUGAAUGACCUCAGGAAGAAGCUCCGUGACAUGACCAUGGAUAAUGCACGUUUGUUACUGCAAAUUGACAACACCAAACUGGCCAAUGAUGACUUCAAAAACAAGCUGGACAACGAGAAGCAGGCCAGGAAGACUGUGGAGAAGGACCUGAUUGGUCUGAAGAAGGUGAUUGACGACACCAACCUGAACCGCAUGCAGCUGGAGAGCCAGAUCGAGUCUGUGAAGGAAGAGCUCGCCUUCCUCAAGAAGGACCAUAAGGAUGACAUUGAUGAGCUGCGUAAGAAGAUCAAGGACUCCAACAUCCUCGUGGAGUUUGACUCCCAGGACAACAACCUGAGUGAUACUCUCAACAAGAUCCGCUCCCAGUACGAGAAACUGGCCAAGAAGAACCUCAAGGAUACCGACGACUGGUACCAGAGCAAGUUUGACAGCAUCAAGGUAGAGGUGGUUGAGAAUAAUGAGGCUCUGCAUUCAGGCAAGAAUGAGCUCAAAGACCUGCGCAGACAGAGACACCUUCUGGAGAUAGACAUACAGUCUACAAUGAGCAUGGUCCACUCCCACGAGGAAUCUCUGAAGGACAUGGAUGGGCGGUACAACCGUGAGAUGACUCGCCUCAAUAAGAUCCUGCUGCAGUUGGAGGGAGAGCUGGUCCAGGUGAGGACGCAGGUGGAGAGGCAUGUGGAUGACUACCAGGAGCUGCUUCACGUCAAGAUGAAGCUGGAAGCCGAGAUCGAGAACUACCGCAGCCUAAUGCACGACAUCGCCCCUGAUGACAGCAUGGACUUUUCUUUAGAGCAGGCAGUGAAUUGUGAGCCGCCCCAGCCACCUAAGAAAGCCUUGCUGAAGGAUGAGGUUGAUGGAAAGGAGGUCCCCAAAAAGACAGAAGCUGCGGCAACUCAGAAAAGUCUCCCCACAAAGAAGACCGAAGCCCCUGCAACUCAAGAGAGCCUCCCUACAAAGACAGAGGCGUCUACAAAGGCAGCUAAAGGCUGAGACACCAACAACCGAAGCAGGCGCCAGCUGAGGAUAAAACCAAAGAAAGAUUCCACCUCUUGUGUCUUCUUCCUCCUCCGAUGCAGACAAUAAUGACCAUAAAGAGAAACCCACAAAGAAGUCUGCCCCCUGAAUCACCCUCCUCACCUCAACCCCGAUCCCUCUAGUCUUUUCUCUUUGUGUUUUGAAGCCCAGCAUCGUAACUAAUGUUAUGUGUGGUUUGAAGUAGAUUUGGGGUUGUUAUUCCACUGCAUUCUUUCUCAGAGAUGUUUCUCUACAAAAUAAAUAGUUUCAACAUAUU